AUGGAAGAAUUUCUUGAACACUUUAAGUGCUUUAUUUGUAGAGAAAUUUGUAAGAAUGCAGUGGAGUCUAUUUGCUGCUAUGAAAUUUUUUGCAGGAAAUGUGUAGAUAAGCUGACAGACUGUCCAAAAUGCAGAUCUCCGCAACCAAAUUUUAGGCCAUCAGUUGUAUUAAGACGUUUAAUCGGAGUUUUUUAUACUUCGUCAGGCAUUUUUCUUAAAGUGUUAUAUUUGCAUGCCAAAUAUGGUGACUAAAGCUCUGCCUUUUUUGCAGUUUUGUCAUGUAAAACUGUUUUUAAUAUCUUAACAUUGGAAAAAAAUUAUUAAUGGCCUCUACCUUGCGAUUGCAGCUUUUGCGAAUUUCAUACAUCAUAUAAAGAAUUGGAAAACCACUUGAAAGAAUGCAUAAAGGCUCCAGCACCUUGCAACUACUGUGAUAAUCAAAUCCCGAGAGAAGCUUUAAUAGAGCAUUAUGCAAGUUCACACCCAGAUCAGCUGAUUGAAGAAUUUGAUGAAAACUCUGUAAAAAAGAUUCAGAUAGAUGAGAAAAGAAUUGAAGAUAAAGUCAAUACAUAUGGAAGAUUAGCAAAAAUAGGAAGAUCUGGGAAGUUUUACUGUGGUGGACAAUUAGAGGGGAAGUGUGCUUGCUGUAAAGGAAUUUGCGGUCCUAUGACUGGUUGUAAUUGUGUGGCAUGUAUGCAAUUGGAUAUUGCAGCCAGGAGGUUGCCGAAAGGAUUUUUGGUUAAUUCAAAUGGGAUGAAUGCGAAAGUGCUCAAUAACGGCCGAAUAUAUUGUGGCACUAUGUUUUCGGCUAGAGUACCGUUUUCUGAUGGAUACUGCGGCCCUUCAAAUGGGCCCAAUUGUAAAUGAUGCAAAGCUCUUGAGGCCAUAAAGAAUGAAAGAUAUAGGUUGAUUACUGCACAGUGGGAUUAG